AUGGAUUGCGGAACUGAAAAGGCGACAGAGUGCGGCGGGUUCGCGGACAGGGUUGCCGAGCUGUGCUGCGCGCGGUACAGGCAGCUGCCCAGGGCGGGCAAGCCGACGGCGGGCGAGUGGACGGCGCUGGCGGGGGUCGUGAGGGUGACGGGCUGGGGCGGGCCGGAGCUACCCGACCGGGGACACGCGGAGGUGGUGGCGCUGGGCACCGGCUCCAAGUGCGUCGGGCGGUCCGGGCUGAGCCCCCGGGGCGACGUGGUGAGCGACGGCCACGCAGAGGUGAUGGCUCGCAGGGGGCUGGUGCGGUACCUGUACCACCAGGUGCAGCUGGCGCUCGAGACGGGCUCCUCGGAUGUGUUCUUCGGCGUGGAGCAAGGCCGGUGCGUGCUGCGCGGAGACGUCUCGUUCCACUUCUUCGUCAGCCACACCCCGUGCGGGGACGCCUCCAUCUUCCCCAAGCCGGGCGGGCGCGGCGACGUCGCGCGGAGAGAGCCUCCCGCCAAGAGGCAGCGCGCAGUGGGAGAGGAGCAGCUCAGCACGGACGGGGCUUGUUGGUGCAACAAGUGCGGGAACCUGGUGGAGCGGCGCGGCCGGGACGUGUACCGCACGGGGGCCAAGUGCGUGCCCGGGAGCGCGCUGCAGGACGCGCGGCGGGCGGGAGAGGGCUACCACGCGGUGGGGGCCGUGCGCACCAAGCCGGGGCGCGGGGACCCCUCGCUGUCCGUGUCGUGCAGCGACAAGCUGGCGCGCUGGCUGGCGCUGGGCGUGCAGGGGGCGCUGCUGUCGCUGCUGCUGGCGGCCCCCGUGCCGCUGAGCUCCGUGGUGGUGGCCGGGGGCUGCCCCUACUCGCGCGGCGCCCUGCGCCGGGCCCUGGUGGAGCGUGUGCCGUGCCGGGCGCCUCCGCUGCUGCUGCGGGCGUCCGUGCCCUUCGAGGACGCGCGGAGCUGCGGUCGCCGGCCGUGCCCUGCCAGCGUGGCCUGGUGCGCCGUGCCACUCAGGCCUCACGAGGUGUGCGUGGACGGCAGGCGGCAGGGAGUCACCAAGCGUGCGUGUUCCCCGGCCAGCCGGCUGCUCAUCAGCAAGAGAGCGUUCCUGGAGCAGUGCGUGUCUGCGCUGUGUGCCGCGCCGGACCCCGCGCUGCUCGUGCCCGAGCUGCUCCGGAGCGUGGACCCCACGCGCAUCAGAGAGACGCUCGACAACUGCCCCUACAGACGUCUCAAGGACGCAGCGUGUGCGUACCAGCAGGCGUGGGCGAGCGUCAAGAGCAACUUCUUCUCCUGCUGGGUCGACAAGCCUGACUCCCUGUCGCAGUUCACUCUCCGAUCCUAGCGGUGCACACCGACCGCUUCUCCAAUACCGCGCCUCUUAGAACUAUUGUCACUAUGGUGGGGGAACUAGUAUACUGCCUGGAUAUGAAGCUGCUUAGUUUUGAAAAUACUUACUUAUGUUACUAUGUCACAGUAAAUUAAAUAAAGGGAUGACGGCUCUUAUUUAGCACUAAUGUGGCAAAACUAAUUUUUUAAACCUCAAUCAUUUGUGUUUGAUUAGCUGACUCUUGCGUACUGAAGGUAUGGUUAUAGCAGGUCUAGCAUGGUUCUCUCAUGGGCCAUGGUCAUAGUGACGAUGCAGAGUUAUGAUGACUGUGUGAAAAUUAGAAGACUGAUUCCAUCGACAUAGCUCUCCUAUGACAGCUUGGCUUUGAAAAUGAUGGCGAGGUUGGUAGUGAAUUUGCAGGAAUGAUUUUUUUUUUUGGCAGUUGCUGUAACUGCUAGCAGUUUCGAGCUAAUAGUAAACUACGGAAUCUAAAACAAACCAUGGACAUCCGUAAACUUAAGCAUCAAGGUUUCUAUUCUAUUGUACAUUUUCCACAAUUGUUAUAUUCAAUAUCUAUAUCAUCAAGCAUCGUAAACAUCCUGGUUUUCUAUUCAGUGUAAGUUCUAUACACCAUUAUUAGAACUGCAACGCAGCUGAUGUGAUAAGUAUCGGCCUCAGAAAUAAUGAAAUAAAUUCGGACACGAAGGUUGGUUAUAAUAUAAUUAAUAAAUAUUAUUCAAUAGGAUUAAUAAAUGCUGUUAAAAACUGUGAAAGUUGUAGUUUGUAAUGUGAUGGUAUUAUUUCAUUUGGCUAUCUUGACAGUCAAGGACUUUUUCAGUUGGAACUACACGUACAUACGAAGACACAUGUAUCUCGCAAGAAAAGCAUCAGGAACAAAAAUUAGCUGUUUUAAAAAAGUGACACCCUUACAUGUGUUUUAAACUUGAAUUGUAUCAAGAAUAUCUAAUGUGAUGUUACAGUGAAACCUUGUUAAUAAAAUACCGGUUAUUUCAAAGUUCGCGUUUAUUCGAACACUUUUAAUUCCCCUUCAGACUGGGAUAGCAUAUUUAAUGUCAAUCAAUACGGUUAAUAUGAAAUAUUCGUUAUUAUGUAUUACGAAGUAACCUCACGUCUGCUCACGUAGUGUACUAUUGUUUUAUUAUCGGAUAAACCGAAUGAAAUUUUAGAACAAGAAUCGCACACUUUAAUCACGUGCACGCAGCUUCACUAUAAUUCUGUUAACGGGAUACAAGAGCCAGUCCUGUCAGUCGUUAUCCGAUAGAGCGCGCGGGGAUGCCAAGUCGUCAGUCGCGCGCUGGCUGCUGUCUCAGUGCCUUGGUUAUCUGCCUCCCUGCCACCCGAUAUGUUUCCUCGCGGCCAGACACCAGCUCCGCCGGGAUCCACGGCCUUCACAUGCUGUGUGCGUGCUAUUUUACAUACCUUUUCAAUUAAACAGUUGUCAACUACAAUUUCUUCGCUGAAACAAUUUAUUUAUUUGGGAUUUAGUUACUAUUUGAAGAGUGGCUUAUAGCGAAAGAUUAUGAUGUAUGUAUAAUCUCGGCCCGGGUAUGAUUUUGUGGUCUAAUUUCGAGCAUAAACCGAAAACAAUAAAAAAAUAAUUCCCAGUCUUAUAACUCUAAUCGAUUAAAAAACCUUUCACUCGAUAAGAAAUAACUUCUUUUAAUUGUACUAAAUACUUUAAUAAAGUGAUGUCUUAAAUACUUCCUGAAAUGUACAGGAACAAACACUAUACAAAAUUAAAUGCUGUAUUAAACAAUGAUACUCUGUCCAGAGUUUUUUUUGUGUAAUUUUACAGAGAGUUCACAAAGAUAGUUUUUAUGUAUGUACAUUAAUGAUACCGUUGAAAGACACCAUUAAAAAAUUUAUACAAUAUGUGUACUAUUUAAAUAAAUAUAUCAAAUACAUAUAAUUUAGCAUAACAUUAAAGAUUGAAAUGAACAUGUUGACAUACGUUUUUAAACAGAGAAAUUAUAGUCUUUCAAGCUCAUUCACUGCUACGAUACACAUAAUAUUACUUUAGUAAAAGAGGUGUCUAUAUAAAUUUAUAAUAAGUUCGAAUUUAAUCUACAAAUAAACAUAAAAUAUGUGUUUGAUAACCCAAAUUCUAAAAAAAAUUGUAUUGGUUUUACAAUCAAAAUAUGAUCAUAAUAUUAUCUACACUGUUAUAUUAGGACUGUGUCAAAAACAAGAAAACAUGCAUAACAUUUAGGAAACCAAAACUGAAGUAAUCUGUUUUAUGUUUUUCUUUAGUGAUUUUUGAGCUUCUUUUACAAAGUCAGGCUCUCGCGCAUUUAGUCUUCGGGUAUUUAAUGGAUCUGCUAUCUCUGGAAGUAAGCACUCCGCAAAAAACUGUUGUAGCUUUCACAGCAUGAGUUUUUCCCAAAUUUCUUUGUCGAACAAAAUUCUUUCAACAUGGAAAUCAUUUUUCGUAUGAACUACAAAGUCGUAAUAAUUUCUACUGCAGACGCCAAGUUGACCUUGAAUCUGGUAAAAUGUGUGUGUGUGUGUGUGUGUGUCUGUGUGUGUGUGUGUGUGUGUGUGUGUUUUUUUUUUUUCUUUAGAUGCAAAUCUCCAAGUUUUUCUUCGAUACACUUUUUUUUUUCUUUUUUGAAAUAUAGUCCUUUAAUUUAUCGUCACCAGCUGAAAAUAAGCAUUUAACUUCCAGCAAAUCAUCGUCUGCCACUAGUACAUCUGGAGAUAUUCCGAGAAAUAAAAAGCUUGGGUGCACAAAAAAAGCCACAAUCUUCGACUUCGACAUUUUUUAGUUUGGAAUACAUAUUCUUAGCCACAUUUUCGUUAACUCGUCCAAACUGAACGGCUUUGGAAUUUAUUUCCCUGUGAUACAAAAUUUAUUUUACUAGACAGUGACAGGAUGUAUGUGUUCUUUUUACCACAAAACCGAAACUAUAUGCUGUAAGUCUGUUCAUAGAAGCAUCCCUCCAUUAAGUGUUCUCGUGUUGACCAAUAGUACUUCCUUCUUUCCAACUCAUGAAUAUUUUUUUAAGUUGUUGCAUCCCGAGUCAGGUUUUCGAGGAUAAACUUCAUCUUUGUAUCAAGUUCUUCAGGACUCAACACGUCUUCAGGACACAAAAUGUCUUCAGCACUUGGACCAUACUCCAAAUCAGGACCAGGAGUGUUGUUUAGUCGUCUCUUUUUUAUUUGGAGGGCCAUCUUCAUACUGGAGACAGCUAAUUUUUAAAACUGUUUGGAAGUAUUUUCCUGGGCUUCGACCAAAUUUGUUUUUCCAUGGGAUGAAGUGCCACCUAGGACCUCUGACAUGGGCCAGUCCAGCUCCCAUACAACGAGCGUGAUAAGAGCCUCUUUUAGCAAAUUUUACCCGUUUUCCACCUGAAAACUAAGCUAACAUACUUAUAUAUCGCUCAACCUGAUUUUUAGUUUUGUUAAGUACGAGUCUAUCAGACUUAAUUACCAUAGGAUCAAGAGCCUUUUCAAUAGCUUCUAUAAUCCCCGAAUCUUUCACAAAUGUCACAAAAUUUUCAUUGGUAUUUUUUUCUUUUUCAGUAUUCUGCACGGCAGUUUUCAUGACAACCGAAUACAUGAUGAGGACCAUUUUUUAUGUCAAGUUUCAAUCGAACGAUAGAUGUACCAACAAGCGAUGUUCCAGCAAUUUUGAUUGCUUUUCUAGCGCCGGAUUUUAAUCUUACUAUUGUUGAUUCAAGCAAACGACGCGGAGAUGGUGGAAAUGACAUAUUUCUGGAAAAUUUGCGAAAAUGUUUUUUUUACAAUGUGGUUUGCACACUCAAUUUUUAUGACUUCCCUUCCGUAAGGAACUCGCUGCUUUAUUCUAGAGUAAACACUGAAUCUCCGUCACCAAAGUAAGUAUUUUAACAAGUGCUGCUCAACACUCCCGCAGAACCCUUCUACUAUUAUAGUUUGUUCCAUUACAGUGCUUGGACCACUAUAGUUUUUAAAGCAAAGAUGUUCAUUCACCUUUUUGUCUUUUGAGUCUUGCAAAUUCGCAUGCGAAGCAAUACUUCCUUUUCACUCCCAGGUACAAGAUUUGGUUUGUUUCGGCUCUGAUAAUGCAAUUAUUCAAAAGAAAGAAAAAAAGUUAACAUGCACAUUUUGACUGGAUGUUGUAAGUACUGAAAUAUUUUAUUUUAUGAACAACAGACUAUAGAGUAAGCAUUGGUGUAAACAGGAAGAUAACUCACCACUCCACUUAAAUUGAAACGUCAGUCAGUCCUCUUAUUCCAGCCGCCGUCCCCUACGACACUAAUAUGUGGUGUAUUAUUUUCUACGUUCCCUAUGGCAAUAGCUAGUUUUUUUUUCCAUUCUCUAUCAUUUUCUUGGAAAGUUGUCCUUGCCGAAACUAAAUUUAAAAAAAAAAAAAAUCAUCGUAGUAAUAGCGUUAAGAAAACUUAUGCAAAUCACAUGUACACAUAUUUCACCACACAAAUCUAUCACAUUAUAGGGUUGUGCGAAUAGUGUAUUUUGGUGGUCGAAAAUUUUGAAUCGAACAGGAUUUUUUUUUAAAUUUAUUGCGAAUAAUUUCAAGGUCAAAAAAUUAUCUUACAUUUUCACUUAGAUAGAUACAUAACAAUACAGAACACAUGUAGUGAAAAUAGUAAUACUAUAUUAACUUUUGCAGACAAAGUGAACAUUGUACCAUGUUUAUUAACUAUUGAAGCAAUGUAAACAUCAUUAAUAUGCACAUUUCUCAGAUAUAAAUAUUAAAAAGUGCAGUGUUGUACUUUAUAAAUUAAAAUCCAAAUUUCAUGACCGCAAUAAAUAACGGAGGGGUGGCGGGGAGUUGAGAAUUUGUAAAAUUUGAAGGAAGUAGGCUGGAAAAUAACUUGUUGCACUCAUGGGUGCCGCGUGUUGAGAUCCUCUUCAAGAGAACUAUACUACCAGCCAGCUUGUGUUAGCUACCCAAGGUCGACGGCCCACUGUUGAGAUUCAGCGCUUCGUUUCGUGUUGUCACUGGGCGCCCUCACACGUACAUACCCACACCACUUGGGGCAGACAUUCUCAGCUGCCCGAAAGUAGCGGCAAUCUCCUGAUAGUUCUGUAGAUCUCUUUCCAGGAGUGUCACGUGAAGGCUGACAUUUCACGUAUGUGGUAGCACGGUCGUGAGCGGCGAGUGCUAAGCGAUGGUGUUAUCAUCUUGUAACGUGUAUAUUUAUAAAUGUGUUUGUAUGUAAAUCUGUUUAGUUUCGCUAUUUAAAACGUGUUUAUCUUAAAACGUUCAUUGGUUACCAAAAAGUAAUCAGUAGGUAGAAACCAGAGUCUAUAACUGUAACUGCCAUUUUUACUUCCACGUAUUAUUAUCAUAACGAAAAUGGCAACCGUUUUUGCGGAGCGUCACAAUACGACUGGGCACAUAGCGGCGGUGAGGACUGCCAUACACACAGUGUGUGAGGUAACAUUGCGUGAAAUAUACCCUGCAUUAUUUGAAUGCUGAUAUUGUUCCCGUAGAUGCUAGCUGCCAGACGAACGGUCACGUGUCACGGCUUGUUUUGGUAUCAAUUCAGGUCCUACAUGUACUUGUAGGUUAUCAGUUUUUUUUUCUUCAUAAAACAGCCAUCUAUUAAGGGAAAUAAAUAGUUAGAUAUAACAGUGUAUUAUUUUCGUGCUAGAGAAGGUUGAAUACGGAUUCAAGAGGAAAAAAAAAUGUUUUUAUUAGGUUAGAUCGGGGAUGGUCAAAACUAGUCCAAAUGACAAUAACGAUGCUUUUACCUGGAAUCGUGAAGUGUUGUAUGAUUAAGAGUCUACUGUAUAUCGGCAAAUAAGCAAUGACGACUAUAAUAUCUUAUGAAAAAAAGAGAAGUUUGGCUUCACCUGAGUAACAACCAGCAACUACAGAUGUGCCUGUAAAUAUUAGCAAUUUUAAUCUUUGAUAUUCGACUUCCGAAUGUGAAUAGUUCAUAAAUAACUGCACAACUAUUCGUGUUUACGAAUAUCCGCACACCCCAAUACAUUUUCCAUUUUUUUGUGACUAAUAUUGGUAUACUAAAAUUAAAAAAAAUACUCAUUUUUAGGCAACUAAUAAGAUUUUCAAACUGUUGUCUCAUUGCUAUGUGGAUUCAUUCAAUGUAGCUUCCUAUGUAAAAACAAAAUAAUGCCUGAUAAGUUACAUUCAGAAAGUCGUCUAAAAAUUUACAAUUAUUCUUUCUCCUCCGAAGAACAGAACAACUUAAAAUGUUAUGUAAUAAUACAAUGGUAUAUGUACCUACCGGCUGCUUAAUCUACUGAGCCUUUUAUUUAAUGUAAACCUUAGCAUGCAAGUAUGAAAUCCAUUAUGAAACUUUUCGCACAGCGGAUCUAAGCUGUUCCAUAAUAUGUAAAAUAUAUUCAACCUAUCUAAUUUACAACUUUCAAGUUUCCACUUUUGGUUCACAUUGUCUUGAACUCCAACAAAAAAGGAGGGGGGGGGGAAGAGAUCUCAGAGCUAGUGCACUGAGAUUCUCAGGGUAGACGAAUUAAGUAAAAAUUAUUGACGGAGUAACGAAUGGUGCUAAGAAAUUAAGUUUGCCGCUGAAUAUGGGUUGAAUUCCCCAACGUAGCCAUGUUAAUUUUUUAAGUCUUACACAUAGGAACUGAAAUAAUAUAUAUUGAAUUGUAAGACACAAUAUUUUUAUAAGCAGCAAUUAAUUUAAAAGUUGGCUAAUUGUAACUAACAAUUUGGCUUGGACAGUAUAAUACUCACGUGAAUGAAAACAAUACAACCGAAUUGAGAAUCUCCUUUUUUUAAGUCGAUUGAAAAUAAACUUGUUUUCAUGCUUACCAAAUCUAAUUUUCCACGUAGAACUAUUUGUUACUCUUACUUUUAAGCUGAUGAUUUUUUGCCUAACAUACUUGCAUAAAAAUAAACGCAUUUCUUGAAUCAGGAUAGUUUAGUUUGCAAAGCGUCACUUGAUCACAUUUCAAAUUGAAAAAAUUGGAAGUUUUUGUAAAGCACAUUAUGGCACAAAAUAUUUUUUGCCCAAACACACUUUACAGUAAAUGGAAGAAAUAAUUAAAACUAUAAAAAAUUUGGGUUCACCUUCUCUCCAAACCUUUCGCUCUUCGCAGCACAUCAAUGCAUCUCUGAAUUGAUAGCACUGUUCUUAGCUUUCUUCUCGUUGUUGACACAGUACUCCGCACCAUUCAGAUUAUUUACUGGCACGGAGGAGGUGGGGUCAGAUUCCGUUAGCCGAGGAUAGGUCCGAAGUAAUGGCAACAGGGCAGCUGGCUGCACGCUCCCGCGCGCAAGACAGGCGCAAGUGAACCUACUCGCGGCCAGAAAAAAUAGCUGAAAAUGCAAAAUAUGAAAUAUUUCUUGUUCUAAUAAAUUUAGCAGUAUGCCACCGCUUACUUUUUUUAUCUUUACUUUAAAAGGAAAAAUUUUGCAGACUCUAAAUAUUUGUAUAUCUUACAGCCUGUUUUUAGACCACUUUUUCGGUUUUCCUUAAUUUUAAAAACGUAAAAUAAAAUACUUAUCAAUAUUUUUUCUACAAUAUUAAUCUGACAGAUGAUUUCUGUUGUAAAACUGCAGCAAACAAGCCAAGUACGAAACUUUUAUCUGAAAAAUUGUAGAAGAUGUAGAAAACACUUUUUAACCUACAAUUCCCUAUCAAGUCGCUGGACCAGGGACGGCCUUCACGGCAAAUAAUUUGUACGGUAAAUGGUCUACCUACUUCGAACAGCAAACAUUUUACGACGUCUUGUUUUGUUAACAACCAUAUUUUUCAUAGACAACGGAAAAUAGUGCAGUGCUACAAACUGUAGAAAACGCACUAGAAUGAACGCGGCUAUUUAAAGGAAAUUGCUUUUAUUGAAAUUAAUACCUUGAUUAGAAAAAUAUUUAUUUGAAAGAUAAAUUUCCCAUUUAAAGAAUUUUACGCAUUUUAAAAACAGAAUACAAACAAGUAGAAGCCCACAAUAACCUGAGAGUUACAAUACAAAACUGUAACCACACGCCGCAUGGGCUGUUCCAAGAACAUGGCUCCCUUUACACCAAUGAACUGCUCACGUUAGCUGCUGCUGUUCCAACUGAAUACCGCGUCCCCCGAGGUGAACAUGCUGUCAUACGGGACUCAUGGUGCAUGAUGUUGGGUUGGUCACUCUGACACUUUUUUUUAUCUGUUUACUUUUGUUGAACUAACCAGCGUGCUGUAAAAUGGCGAAGCGUAAACGGAACUAGUUAUCUUUGUCAGCAAAAAUGGAAAUUUUAAGUAGCAUCGACAAUAGCGGUAAGUCUAACAUGGAAAUCGCGAAAGCCUUCAACAUACCGUUGUCGACUCUCUCGACGAUAGUGAGCAAGAGAGAAAAAUUAGAAGCAGCGUGCGCGAGUGGUAGUUGUACAAAGGGAAAAAAACGUAUGCGUGGUCCUCAACACAAGGAACUGGAAGAUAAGCUACUGGAGUGGUUUCAUCAGAUGCGGGAUGGUAACAUACCCAUGUCUGGGCCAAUGAUCCAACAAAAGGCAGAUUAUUUUGCACUGACACUGAAAAUUGAUGACUUUAAGUGCAGUAAUGGAUGGUUGCAGCGAUUCAAGGAGCGAAAUAAUUUGGUUUAUAAAGCUGUUUGUGGAGAGAGUGCAGCUGUGGACAAAGAUGCUGCACUUGAUUGGCUAGGUUCUGUGCAGCCAGUUUUGAAUAAAUAUGCGCCACGCGACAUAUUUAACAUGGACGAAACCGGAAUUUUUUAUAACUUGCUUCCAAACAAGACAUGGGCCUUCAGAGGAGAAUCUUGUCAUGGUGGCAAACAGCAAGGCACGAAUCACUGUUUUGUUGUGCUGCAACCAGGAUGGUAGCACAAAGCUGAAACCUUUAGUAAUUUCAAAGUCAAUGAAACCUAGAUGUUUCAAGGGUAUUGAUACUGCUCGACUGCCCUGUGAUUAUGAAGCAAAUGAAAAUGCAUGGGUAACAAGUAAAUUGUUCCAGUCGUGACUAAUCCAGUUUGACAGGAAGAUGGCAACUCUGAACAGAAAUGUUCUUCUAUUGUUAGAUCGUUGUGCAGCACAUACAGCUCAUGGGCUACAGCUGAAUAAUGUCACACUGAUGUUCCUGCCAGCAAAUACAACCAGCUUCAUGCAACCACUGGACCAGGGCAUCAUUGCCACAGUCAAGAGGUUCUACAGGACACGUCUAGUGAAGUACCUCAUUAGGCAGCUUGAGCUACAGAAGUCUUCUCAGCCAAGGUGGAAUGUGUUGGAUGCAAUGAGGAACAUUUCAAUGGCUUGGGACAGUGUAUCAACAGCAACAAUCCAAAACUGUUUUGCCAAAAGUGGGUUUGGCAAAACAGAUGAAAGUUCAGACCAUGGAGGUAAGAAGUUAGGGAGUGGUUGUUUGGCGUGGAUGCUGAAGUCAUUUUGCUUUUUGGGACACGCCCACUAAUGCGACCAAAACAAACGGCGAAUACAAGUUUGAAAUGGUGUUUUUAAUGAAAUAAAACAAUGUCGUGUUGUGCUUAUGGUUGUACGAAUAGGCUAGCGAAAAAGCAGACGGGAAUUACAUUUCACAAGUAAGUUUAUAUCAAACCAGGAGCUUCUAUUAUUGAAGUGGUGAGAUGAAUAAGAGAAGACAAGACAUGUCUCAAGAAAGAUGAAAUAGUUAUAGUAGCAGGUGGAAAUUACGUGUUCAAGAAAGAAUAAAAAAAUUCGUGUUGUGCUUAUGGUUGUACAAAUAGGCUAGCGAAAAAGCAGACGGGAAUUACAUUUCACAAGUAAGUUUAUAUCAAACCAGGAGCUUCUAUAAUUGAAAUGGUGAGAGGAAUAAGAGAAGACAAGACAUGUCUCAAGAAAGAAGAUGAGAUAGUUAUAGUAGCAGGUGGAAAUUACGUGUUAAAGAAACAAUCAAAAACUGUGUAUCUCAGUUUGGAAUAUGUAUUACCUUCAUUAUGUAACACAAAAGUGGCGGUAUGUACAAUCCCACACAGAUUUGACUUGAUGGAUAACUCAUGUGUAAAUAUAGGGAUAAGGAAAACUAAUGAAAAAAUUCUGACUCUGUAGUAAGUACAAUUUUGUACGAGUAGGUAUCUUUUGCUGAUGAGACAAAUCUUCUUAUAACUCCAGAAAAAUAUUGGAAUUAAAAAAUAAAACUGAAUUUGAAAUAAUUAACUUGAAUAAGUGGUUUGAUGCAAAUAAUUUAAAACUUAAUAUAAAUAAAACAAAAUUUAUUAAAUUUGGUAAUAAAAGACUGCUCGAUCAAGUAUUAUCUGAAUUUCAGAAUCAAGCGAUAAGUCAAACUGAAUCAACUAAAUUCUUGGGCUUACAUAUUGAUAAUAAACUAAAAUGGAAUGAACAUAUCAAUCAAACUAUUCAUAAAUUAAGUAAAGCUUGCUACGCUCUCAGAAUUCUUAGCCAAAUUAUAGACAAAAAUUCUCUACGAACUGCAUACAUUGCACUUUUUCACACACACAUGGUAUAUGUAAUUGAAAUAUGGGGUAAGUGUAGUAAUAGUAUUAAAAUUUUUAGAUUGCAAAAAAAAGCCAUAUGUAUUAUAUGUUUAGCUGAUACAAGAGCCUCAUGUAAACCUUUAUUUACUGAGUUGAAUAUAUUCCCUUUUUUUUUCGUAAUAUAUUUAUAGGUUGCUCUUAUUUGUAAAAUUGUAAAUAAUUUUGUAGAAUCUGAACAUACUGGACCAUAUAUCACAAGAUAUAACUAUAAACUGAAACCAAAAUUCCACACUUAAGAGGUAUAACACUAUUUAAUAAACUACCUAAAGAAAUUAUAUUACUACAAAAUUUUAAUGAAUUCAAAAAAGUUGUUAGAGAAUACAUCAAAGGAAAAAAAUAUUUAUUUAGCUGGUGAAAUAACACCUUGUAAUGACAAUAUAAAUAAUAUGUAAUUUGCUGUAUAAUUAUUAGGACACCCUACAAAUGAUUCAGAGUAUAUUAAAUGAAAAAUAUGUACUGUUUGUUGUGUUGUGUAAAUUGUGAAAAUUAUAAAAUUUGUGAUUAUUUGUUGAAAGUGUAGAUUAGCAAAAUUCAUUAUAAUUGUAAACUUAAUUAUUUUAUUGCAAUUUUAACUAUGUUUAAUUUUUGUUUAUAAUGUGACAAGGUCAAUAUCCCUUGAGCUGUUGGCUCAUGUAGGGAUCUGCAGGUGGAUUGAAAAAAAUAAAAAAAAAUGAAAUAAAAUAGAUUGUGUUAUCUGCAUGAAACCAUAAUAUAUUUUCCAUUGAUUUUUGUUGUCCAAAUUAUAUACAUUUAUGUAAUGUCUUGUUAUUUGUUAAUAAAUUAUAGUUUUUACUUCA